UAAAUACCGAGAGGGAUCCCAUCUCAUCUCAUUAUCAUCUUGUAGCUCACAACAAUGGCGGAAAACAAAGAUCUUCACGUUGUCGUAUUUCCAUGGUCGGCCUUCGGCCAUUUAAUUCCCCAUUUUCAACUCUCCAUAGCUUUAGCCAAAGCCGGCGUCCAUGUCUCCUUCAUCUCAACCCCCAAAAAUCUACAAAGACUUCCCCCAAUUCCUCCAUCUCUCUCCCCCUUCAUAACUCCGGUCCCGAUUCCACUCCCCAAACUCCCCGGCGACCCCUUGCCGGAAGGUGCAGAGGCCACCGUCGAUAUUCCCUUCGACAAAAUCCCCUUUCUCAAACUAGCCCUAGAUCUCGCCGAGCCGCCGUUUCGGAAGUUCAUCGCCGAUCAUCCACAUCCGCCGGAUUGGUUCAUCGUCGAUUUCAACGCUACUUGGGUCUGCGACAUUUCUCAAGAGUUUCGAAUUCCGAUCGUCUUCUUUCGCGUUCUCACCCCUGGAUUUCUUGCUUUUUUCACCCAUGUUCUUGGGACUGGUCUGCCUCUGUCGGAGAUUGAAAGCCUGACGUCGCCGCCUCCAAUUGACGGUUCCAUGGUGGCGUACCGGCGGCAUGAAGCGGCCAAAAUUCGUGCUGGAUUUUUUGAGAAGAAUGAUUCUGGAAUGAGCGAUCUGGAUAGGGUAACGAAGAUUAUUUCCGCUUGUCGAGCAAUUGCAGUUCGUAGUUGUUACGAAUUUGACGUUGAUUAUUUGAAGUUGUACUCGAAUAAUUGUGGAAAGAAAGUGAUUCCUAUAGGGCUUCUUCCACCACAAAAAUCUCAAAAAACAGAGUUCAAGGCCGAUUCGCCAUGGAAAUCGACCUUCCAGUGGCUCGAUCAACAAAACCCCCAAUCGGUGGUGUUCGUUGGAUUCGGAAGCGAGUGCAAGCUCACGAAGGAUCAAAUUAACGAGAUUGCGCGUGGAGUGGAGCUGUCGGAGCUGCCAUUUUUGUGGGCUCUGAGAAAACCGGACUGGGCAGAGGACUCCGACGCGCUUCCGGUCGGGUUCCUUGAUCGAAUGGUGGAGAGAGGGAUAGUGAGUAUGGGGUGGGCGCCGCAGAUGGAGAUUUUGGGGCAUCCGGCGAUCGGAGGGAGUCUGUUUCACGGAGGGUGGGGAUCCGCUAUUGAAGCUCUGCAAUUUGGGCAUUGUCUUGUUCUAUUGCCGUUCAUCGUGGAUCAGCCGCUGAAUGCGAGGCUUUUGGUGGAGAAGGGUUUUGCAGUUGAAGUUGAAAGAAAGGAAGAGGAUGGGUCAUUUAGUGGAGAAGCCAUAGCCAAAGCUUUGAGAGACGCUAUGAUUUCAGAAGAAGGGGAGAAGAUUAGGAAGCAAGCUAAAGAAGCUGCCGCCAUUUUUGGGGACAACAAACUUCAUCAACGAUACAUCGAGGAAUUUGUACAAUUCCUCCAAAAUGGAGAUUCAAAUUAGUAGCUUUCUAAUAUAUAUAUAUAUAUAUUUAAUAAGUUGGUUAAAGGGUGAUAUAUAGCAAAAUUGUUAUAUCUGACUACAAGAACGUCAAAAUAUUAAUUUAGUCGCAAAAUGGCAAACACUUGACUUGUGCGUGGGACUCAA